AUCAAAAUGGAGCUUAAAAUACUUUAGAUAAGUUUAUUUAACUGCUUUUGACAGGUGUGCUAAGUGUAUCAGUUACACAGUCUUUAUUCAGGCGUGGACUUUGACAGUUUUAUUUAGUUAUUGUCCUGAUAGUCGGAGGAUAAAACACCAUGGAUACGAAUAUCAAGGCACCACAGGUCCUCAAAGCUAAGCUAAUGCUAUGGACAGACGUAAGCUACCACGACAUGGACGAGAUUGACAAAAUGCAGUCCAUCCCUGAUUUGGAGAGUGUUCUGACCUCUGUGUUUGCAGUUGACCUCCCUGAACCCAAGAGAGGAGUCCUGCUGGAGCUGUAUGUCCAGGCUGUCCUCUUCUGCAGAGAGCACCAUUUUAGAAAAGAGCAGACUUCUGCUCUCCUGUCCAUCCUCAAAUCCAUCCAUGAGGCCAAUGUUGGAACUCCACUUGACAACAUCGAGGCGUGUUUCAGACACUGUCGGGAGCUGCUGCUCUGUCACUCAGUCAGGCGGCCGCCCUUCAGUAUUAAUCUGUUCAGCUUCGAGGAGGUGAACUGGGUCUUGAAAUACAUCCACAGCAGCUACAUGAGACACUACAAACUCUACAGAUACGUCUUCACCCCUCAGGUUCAACUUGAUUUGUCUGUAACAUAUUCUGCUGGGCUGACUGAAGAGAAAACAAGUAUCACAAACGAUUCCUCCUUGUCAGACGGGUCAACCGAAGCACAUGAGGCGUCUGUCACAGGUUCUCCGUCAGAACUCAAGGCCUUGAUCGAGCAAGAAGUCCGACAGCAGAUGGCUCUUGUUUCUGGACAGCUGGAUCAGCGGAUGAAAGAAAUGGCUUUUCAACACAACAACACGUCCGAUUCUUCUCAGUCCAACCACAAAACCAAAAAAUAAAAGAGAAGGGCUUUUUUUGGUCACU